GAUCAUAACCCAGCUAUCUUCGAGGUUUUAUGCAAGACAUGAACAGCCAAAAUAUGAGCUUUCCACCACAGAGACCGCGGUUCCGAAAGAUCCAGAGCUUCCGCACCGACUAUGCCCCGACUACCAUCACCCAGUAUGAGUCGGAGAGGAGCGGCAUGCAGGUCAUCGUGGCCGACCGGAAGGGCCCCAAGAUCAAUGGCUACUUCACCCUAGCAACCGAGAUUCUCGACGAUUCGGGUGCUCCCCACACCCUGGAGCAUCUCAUCUUCAUGGGCUCCAAGAGCUACCGCUACAGGGGGCUACUGGACAAGCUAGCCGGCAGAGCUUAUUCCGUGACCAACGCCUGGACGGCCGUCGACCACACUGCCUACACGCUCGAGACGGCCGGCUGGGACGGCUUCGCUCAGAUCUUGCCCGUCUACCUGGAACACGUUAUUCUCCCCACUCUCACCGAUGAUGCUUGUAUCACCGAGGUACACCAUAUCGAUGGCGAGGGAAACGAUGCUGGCGUUGUCUAUUCCGAGAUGCAAGCGCUCCAGUACAGCAGCGGCGAGCUCAUGGACCUGCGUGCCCGCCGCUUGCUCUACCCGGAGAACGUGGGCUUCAGAUACGAGACCGGAGGCAUGAUGGAAGCGCUUCGAGUGCUGACUUCGCAGAGAAUCCGAGAAUUCCACAAAGCCAUGUAUCAGCCUCAGAAUCUGGCCAUUAUUGUCAUAGGCGAGGCCGACCAUGAUGAGCUCUUGAAGAUACUGGAUGACUUUGAAGAGAGCAUCAAGGACGAUAUUCCACCACCAGACCCUCAUUUCAAGCGCCCCUUCGUCGACUCGCCCCAGCCGCCGCCUCUGGAGAAGACCGUUGUCGAGACGGUCGAGUUCCCCGAAGAAGACGAGUCGACGGGCGAGAUCGUCGUGGCCUUCUUCGGCCCGAGCUGCAUCGACCAGGUCCAGGCGACGGCGAUGAACAUUAUCAUGACCUACCUCUGCGGAUCGUCGGUGUCGGUCAUCGAAAACACCAUGGUCGAAAAGGAGCACCUGGCCAGCUCGGUGGCCUACUGGUGGGACAGCCGCCCCAACUCGGUCAUCUGGUUUCAACCGACCGGCGUAGCCACCGAGAAGCUCGCCUUCGUCGAGCAGCGCUUGAUUUCCCUCCUGAAGGAGGUGGCUGCAAAGCCCCUGGACAUGAACUAUAUCAAAGAGUGUCUUCAGCGGGAGAAGCGUCAAGUGAAGCUCGAAGCCGAGGGUUCUGAGCAGUUCUACGCCACCAACCUCAUCACCGACUACCUCUUCGGAAAACGCGACGGAACGACGUUGAAGGACCUGCAAUCCCUGAGCGAGUACGACGCUCUCGACUCGUGGACCGAGGAGCAGUGGAGAGCGUUUCUGAAGAAGUGGAUUUCGGACGCCCACCACAUCUCCAUCCUGGGUAAGCCGUCGCUGGAGCUCGCCAACAGCCUGAAAGCGAACGAGGAGGCACGUCUGGCCAAGAGAAGGGAAGAGCUCGGAAAGGAGGGUCUAGAGCGGCUGAGGGAGAGGCUCGAGACCGCGACCAAGAACAACGACCAGCCGAUCCCGCCCGAGCUGCUGGAUCAGUGGCCUGUCCCGGGCACCUCAUCCAUCCACUUCAUCGAAUCGGCGACUGCACGGUCGGGCAAAGCCCGGAGCCUGGGCGUCCUGGACAAUGCGGCGCAGAAGACCAUCGAUGCCGCAGCUCAGGGAUUACCCCUCUUCGUGCAGUUCGAGGAUGUUCCCACCGAUUUCGUGCAUCUCACCGUCCACGUAGGCAUGUCGCAGACUCCUACCAAGUUGAAGCCCCUGCUCCCUCUCUUUGCCGAAAACUUCUUCAACUCCCCGGUGUUGCGGGACGGCAAGCGCAUGGAGUUCGAAGAUGUCGUGAAGCAACUCGAGAAGGACACCAUCAGCUAUCACAUCAGCUCGUCCUCACGGCUGGGUGACUACGAGGGUGUCGCUAUCCAGUUCCGGGUUGACCGAGAGAGAUACACGACCAUUAUCAGCUGGCUGCGGACCCUGAUGUUUGACAUCAUUUUCGACCCCGUUCGCAUCAAGGCGGCGAUCGUCAAGGCGCUCGCCGACGUCCCCGAGGCUAAGCGAGACGGCCGAGCCAUGGCCCAGGAGGUCGACACGGCGAUCCAUUUCAAGCCUGAAUCGUACCUCGCAGCGAAGCGGACGCUGGUCAAGGCCGUGUAUCUGCGCCGCCUCAAGAAGCUGAUCGAGAGGGAGCCCGAGACGGUGCUGUCGUGGUUCGAAGAGCUCCGCAAGAGCCUCUUCACCUUCGAAAACAUCCGCGUCCUCGUAACGGCCGACGUCGCCAAGCUCGCGAACCCCGUCGCCGCCUGGGACGACCUCACCAAGAACCCGUCGCUCGACCCCACCAAGGACGUUCUCCCCAUCCCCCAGCUCCACUCGAUGCUGAGCCCCGAGGGCCAGUCCCCCGGCGCCUUUGGCAGCGUCGUCAUCCCCAUGACGACCCUCGACAGCUCGUACAGCGUGAGCACCGCGGCGGGCUUGAAAUCGUACGCGGACCCGCGCCUGCCGGCCUACCUCGUCGCGCUCGGCUACCUGGAGGCGGCCGAGGGCCCGCUGCGCAACGCGGUCCGCGGUGCCGGCCUCGCCUACGGCGUCUUCUUCUCGCACGAGGUCGACGGCGGCUACGUGCAGUUCAAGGUGUACCGCUCGCCGGACGCGAGCAAGGCGAUCGAGGCCAGCCGCGCCACCGUCGCCCGGCUGGCCUCGGGCGAGCAGCCGCUCGACCGCCACCUGGUCGAGGCCGCCGUCAGCGGCGUCGUCUACGGCGUCGCCGAGGAGCAGGCCACUAUGGCCGCCGCCGCCCAGCAGAACUACGUCGCCGGCGUCGUGCGCGGCCUCGAGCCCGGCUGGAACCGCAAGAUCCUCGCCCGCGUGCGCGACGUCACCGACGACGAGAUCCGCGCCGUCCUGCGCGACCUCAUCAUGCCCGUCUUCGAGCCGGGCAAGAGCAACGUCGUCGUGACGUGCGCGCCCAUCAUGCAGGAGGUGCGUCUUGAGCCCACCCCGUUUCCCCAACUUCUUCACCACCCUCUGCUUGUCCCCCCAUUUUACACGCAGUACAUCCUUCGAAGUCCGAACAUGUAGGAAUUUGGAAAGACGCGGCUAACAAAUAAAACUGAGCAGAACAUUGUCAAGACCCUUGCUGCCGCCGGGUACAAGACGCAGGUGCAGACGCUGUCGCAUUUCUACGACGACUAUGGGCUGAAGGUGGGCGAGGAGGAUGGCGAGGA